UGUCGUUAGAAGUGAACAGAGAGAGAAUUGGAAAGGAAGAAAGGAGUGGCGUUGUUAAGUAAAUAGGGAAUGGAAGGGAAGGGAAGAGAUUGACGUUGGAAGUAAAUUAAGAAUAGAUUGGAGAAGAAAGAGAGUGACGUCGGGAGUAAAUAGAGAAGAAAAGAAAAGAGAAAAAAAGGAAGAGAAUGACUUUGGAAGUAAAUACAAAAGAAGGGAGAAAGUGACGUUGGGAGUAAAUAAAAAAAGGAAGAGUAAAUAGAAAAUAAAAAAGGAGAGUGACGUUCGAAGUAAACAAAGGAUAGAAAAAAGAGAGAGAGAGAGAGUGACGUUGGAAAGCAGUUAAGAUAAUACAUUAGAACAAGUUGAGCGAUAAAAUACAUAAUUUACAAAGACAGACUAUAUACCGACACAUCAUUAAUAAACCCAAAUAUCCUACCAGUGAAGUGAAUAAAUAGCAAAAAAGAAAAAGAAAAGAAGAAAAAAAAAACAUGUAAGGAAAAGAGAAUGAACCUCAUCAAAGCUAAAUCGCCCACUAACCAAGACUAAGGCAUCAGAGGCGUUUAUACACAGUAGAUUUUACGCGAAGGUGGGAAUGUGAACUCGGGGUGAUCAUGUGACACAGAUCCCUUAAAUAACGUACGCGUGUCUGUCUAGUGGACAUGUGAACCCUUCUCUAGACGUUGUCCUCUUUAGAGCGACAGAAAGAGAGAGAGAGAGAGAGAAAGAGAGAAAGAGAGAGAGAGAGAGAGAGAGAGAGAGAGAGAGAGAGAGAGAGAGAGAGAGAGAGAGAGAGAGAGAGAGAGAGAGAGAGAGAGAGAGAGAGAGAGAGAGAGAGAGAGAGAGAGAGAGAGAGAGCGCGAUAGAGACAACGCCAUCAAGAGGAGGAAGAAACCAUGGCGACGGCCUCAGUUCCCCCGUCGACCGGCUGGCCCGACGCCUUCGCCAACGCCUCCGACAGCGCCUCCAACGCUACCUCGGUCCCCAGCUCCCCCUCCAGCCUCUCGCCGGGGACGCCCAUGCUCGAGGACGCAGAGGACCUGACCAAUCUCACGCUACACACCCAGCCCUUCUACCCGCCCGUGAACGCGGGCGUGGGAACCGAACUGACGGCCCUGUUGGUGUUGGUCGUGGGCGUCGUUGGGAACCUGGUGGUGAUGUUGGUGUUCAUGUGGCGCCCCUGGGGAAGGACGCCCCUGCAGGUGGACAGGGUGGUGGGUCUGCUCGCCCUCAGCGGCCUGGCCACCACCCUGACUUCGGUGCCCUUCCAUCUCUACUCCUUCGUCACAAGAAAGCGCUUCUAA